UGCCCGCGUCCCGCCGCCGCCACCGCCGCCGCCACCGCCACCGCCGCCGCCACCGCCACCGCCACCGCCACCGCCAGCCGCACCGCCGUCCGGGCCUCUCGCCCACCGCCCGCGGCCCUCAGCGGGCGCCGCCCAUGGAUUUCACUUAGCGCCGGUGGCCAUGGCGGCGCAGUGCUGCUGCCGCAAGGCGCCCGGAGCCGAAGGCGCGCCCGCCCGCCCGCCGCCGGAGCCGCCGCCCGCCCUGGACGUUGCCUCGGCCUCCAGCGCGCAGCUUUUCCGCCUCCGCCACCUGCAGCUGGGCCUGGAGCUGCGGCCGGAGGCGCGUGAGCUGGCCGGCUGCCUGGUGCUGGAACUGUGCGCGCUGCGGCCCUCGGCCCGCGCGCUCGUGCUCGACGCGCACCCGGCCUUGCGCCUGCACUCGGUCUCUUUCCGCCGCGCCUCUGCCGCCUCCGAGUCGCCCUGCACCUUCGCCUUCCCUGCCCCAGAGUUGGGUCCCCCGCUGCCCGCCUUCGCCGAUGCGCCGGGCGCAGAGUCCGCCAUCUGCCCGCUGGCCUUCAGGCUGGACCCGUUCACCGACUAUGGCUCCUCGCUGACCGUCACACUGCCUCCCGAGCUGCUGGCGCACCAGCCCUUCCAGAUCAUACUGCGCUACACCUCGACCGACGCCCCCGCCAUCUGGUGGCUGGACCCAGAGCUGACCUAUGGCAAUGCCAAGCCUUUCGUGUUCACCCAGGGCCACUCUGUGUGCAACCGCUCCUUCUUCCCCUGCUUCGAUACACCUGCCGUCAAGUGCACCUACUCGGCUGUUGUCAAGGCCCCAUUAGGGGUACAGGUGCUGAUGAGUGCAACUCGGAGCAUGUACGUAGAGGAGGAAGGCGUCUACCAUUUCCACAUGGAGCACCCUGUACCUGCCUACCUCGUAGCCCUUGUGGCCGGAGACCUCAAGCCAGCAGACAUUGGACCUAGGAGCCGUGUGUGGGCUGAGCCAUGCCUCCUGCCCACGGCCACCAGCAAGCUCUCAGGUGCUGUGGAAGAGUGGCUGAGUGCAGCAGAACGCUUAUACGGGCCGUACAUGUGGGGCAGAUAUGACAUCGUUUUCCUGCCACCCUCCUUCCCCAUUGUGGCUAUGGAGAAUCCUUGCCUCACCUUCAUCAUCUCCUCCAUCCUUGAGAGUGAUGAGUUCCUGGUGAUAGACGUCAUCCACGAGGUAGCCCACAGCUGGUUCGGCAACGCUGUCACCAAUGCCACCUGGGAGGAGAUGUGGCUGAGCGAGGGCCUAGCCACCUACGCACAACGCCGCAUCACCACGGAGACCUAUGGGGCUGCCUUCACCUGCCUGGAGACAGCCUUCCGCCUGGAUGCCCUGCACAGGCAGAUGCGGCUUCUUGGGGAGGACAGCCCGGUUAGCAAGCUGCAGGUCAAGCUAGAACCAGGAGUGAACCCCAGCCAUCUGAUGAACCUGUUCACCUAUGAGAAGGGCUACUGCUUCGUGUACUACCUGUCCCAGCUCUGCGGAGAGCCUCAGCGCUUUGACGACUUUCUUCGAGCCUAUGUGGAGAAAUACAAAUUCACGAGUGUGGUGGCCCAGGACCUGCUGGACUCCUUCUUGAGCUUCUUUCCUGAGCUAAAGGAGCAGAGCGUGGACUGCCGGGCAGGGCUGGAGUUCGAGCGCUGGCUCAAUGCCACAGGCCCACCACUGGCUGAGCCAGACCUGUCUCAGGGGUCCAGCCUAACCCGGCCUGUAGAGGCCCUCUUCCAGCUGUGGACUGCAGAGCCCCUGGAGCAGGCAGCAGCUUCAGCCAGUGCCAUUGACAUCUCCAAGUGGCGGACCUUCCAGACAGCACUCUUCCUGGACCGGCUGCUGGAUGGAUCCCCGUUGCCCCAGGAGGUGGUGAUGAGCCUGUCCAAGUGCUACUCGUCCCUGCUGGACUCCAUGAACGCUGAGAUCCGAAUCCGCUGGCUGCAGAUCGUCGUCCGCAAUGACUACUAUCCUGACCUUCACAGGGUCCGCCGUUUCCUGGAAAGCCAGAUGUCGCGAAUGUACACCAUCCCGCUGUAUGAGGACCUCUGCACUGGGGCCCUCAAGUCCUUCGCACUCGAGGUCUUCUACCAGACACAGGCCCGGCUGCAUCCCAACCUGCGCAGAACCAUCCAGCAGAUCCUGUCCCAGGGGCUAGGCCCCAGUGCUGAAGCCAUUGCAGAGCCCAGCACAGAGCUGGGCAGUGCUGAGGCAGAUGCGAACCCAGACUCGCCAGCCCUGCUGCUUGGGGAUGAGGCCCCCAGCAGCACCAUCUCUCUCAGGGACGUCAAUGUUUCUGCCUAGCCUUGAUGGUGACUGACCCUCGACCUCCCAGACACCACAAUUGUGCCUUUUGUGGUCCGGGCCGCCAUGACUGCGCCUUGGCUCUGGCCACGAGCUCUGCCCGGGACCAUAAGCCCCUCCCAUUGGCACCAGGCCAGGGGCAUGGGGAAAAGGAUCUUGUGUCCAUUGAGGCCCAUGUACCAGAGCCUACUCUGUCCCUGCUCUCUUGCACUGCAGGCCCCAGGGCUGGCCUAUACCCACCAUGCCUCCUGUCUCAACACUGACAGCCAUGCCUCACCCUGGAAGCCAGCAUCUGCUGAACACUGCCUUGGGGACAGUGACCCCAGCAGUCUCACAGCAACAACCACAAUGUGCCUUACAUGUGCCAGAGGCCCAGGAUGUACGGUCCUGGAAGUGUGCUUCCCUGCAGAACCCAGUGUCUGGCCCCUGGGCUAGAAACCUUGCUUCAAGGACAGAGGGAAGAGGGGCAAGGACACGGGCAUUUCAUCAGCAUGAGGGCAGAGGACAGAAGGAGAGGAUGGAACUCUCAAGCCUCAGUUUCUGCAGUCCAGGCCCCAGAGGUACAGAGAAGGAUGGUCUGUCUCUGUGGCUACCUUGGUACCAUCGGUGCUCUCUGUAACCUGCUUGCUGGGAGAGACACCAGGCUUGGGCUUCAGCCUGGGACCACUGCAGCAGGAACCAUGGUGACUGUCCAUUAAAUCUCCAUUCUGCAGACCUGACCUCCCUUCCUAUUUAUCACUACCCUGUUUUCUAAACCCAGCCAGCUGCUAGAGGUAGGGCUGGCAGAGAUGAGAACUGGUUACAGAGUCUUUGUCAUAGUCUGUCUCAAUAGACAGACCCCAGAGGAGGUGGGAACCUAUCCUGGAGGCUGAGGUGACAGGGCCAAUAGGUGGCCCCUUGUUCUUCUCAACUCCUCUCUCAGACCUUCAGGACCCUUAAAAGGAUGUUUGUCACCCUUGUACUGGACUUUGAUCUCUGUGACUCUGACCAUACCUCUGCCUCUUAGCCCUGGGGUACCCAGGCCUCCAAAACCAGAGUUCAAGAGAAGCGUGAGUAACAGGGAUUAACAGGGAUGUGGAGACUGAACUAAAGCAUGGCAAGCUGUGGAGUAGAUGCCUCAGCUAACAAAGGAAAGGUCCAUGUUCACAGGGUGUCAAGUGGAGCCACCUGUCAUGGGUGCUGAGAGAGAAGCUGAUGACAAGGUCAGCGUAGGCAGCAGUUGGUACUCUGAAGCCUCCAACACUGCAGUGUGCUGCAGCAUACCUUUUGUCCCAACCCACCACCAGGCCCAGUCACAGCCAGCUCCACAUGUGAUUACAGGAAACAGAUGAGUACUACCAGUCACCAAAUGUCUCAUACACCCCAAAUGAGACCAGGACUCAGGGUCACAUCUCCUUUGACAGCUUAUCUGCACAAUGCCCAUCACAGUACUGCCUGAGGCUCUACACUAUUCAAGAGUGAGAACCAUUUCUCACAACAGCGCGGGGCAGAGGGGACAACUGCAGUGACACCUUGCAGAAGAGAGAUGUUACUAUUCUCAUUGCUGUAACAGUAUCGGACAGAAACAAAUAACAAUUUGCUUUAGCUGUUGUCUUAGGCCAUAGUGGCAGGGAAGGAGUGGUAUCAAGAAAGGCGUGGUCAGUGGCAGCAUAUGUCUAGGGGACAGGGGGGUCACACUUGCUGAGAUUCCUUAGUACUAGACAGCAGAGACAAAUAUAGCUGGAAGGCCAGCCAGGUCCCAUCUCCUAAAAGCUCCAUAGCCUUAAAUAUAGCACCAUACACUGGUUCCAAUCUGAGCUUUGGAGGUGAGAGAGACUUUCAGAUUUAAAACAUAAUGAGCGCCUGGGGGGUGGGGUUGCUGUCUGAGUUUAAGCCCCAUCAGGUGGCAUGGCCAAGAACCCCAUGUAUCCCAUUCAUCUUUGCUCUCUCUGGCCCAGGUGCCACCAUCCAGAGAGCCUGUACCUGAAGACGUCCACACAGUGCUUUUCAACAGCAGAAUCGCUCUCAACUUGUUCCUGCCAAGACUACUUUCAAGUUUGUCAUCACAAACUCACUUAGGCUUCUCAUUUAUUUGUCAAGACACCUUUGUGGUCUUCCAGAGGAUUGAUACCAGUUCUAGAUGCCCCAACUGUACCCACAGUGCCCUCCAACCAGUACUUAGAUCUGAAUGAUACCAGAAAUGAGAUGGGCGUGAUGGUGCAUGUCUUUAAUGCCAGUACUCAGGGAGGCAGAGGCAGUCGGAUCGAUUUUAGUUCAUGCCAGUCUGGUCUACAAAGUGAGUCUUGUGGGGCAUAUGUUGUCUCCCUUCCCCCAGAGGGCUAACUAGGAAUCUGUGCCAAUGGAAGGGAUUUUAAGUGAUUCCAGGAAAUGUGCCAGGGAUUAAAUGACACGGAGGGGGUCUUGCCUAUAGUGCAAGGCUACACAGAGAAACCCUGUCUUGAAAAAAAAAUCAGAAAUUACAACUUAGGUAAUUCUAGGUUGGGUUGCCCACCUGGAAUGCUAUCCUCAAUGUCGAUCUGUCGUGGCUCUGCAUGCCAUUAGAGGUACAGAGGAGCAUUAUUUUCAACUACAUCCUUGUAGCUCUGGUCUUCAUCUGUGUCCUUUCUCCAGCAGGCAAAGCUGGACUGCCUUAGAGUCUCUUCCCUGUAAUUUCUUGCUAGGCAGACCAUCACUCAUAGCCAGUGCUUCCAGCCUCCUCCACUGCACUUACCCACUCUUCUCUACAUUGUCUGCCUCUGUGAGCCAUCACAAGUUAGCUUCAACAGAUGUGUUGUUCUCACAUCCCAUGCAAACCAACAUUUCAGCUGGCGAUGGUAUGAGGAUCUGCAUGUUACCUAGGAGCCUAGCUAAAACUUCCCGGGACCCUUUUUUCAGGCUCUGUCCUGUGCAGUCUGGAAUGUCCAUUAGCACGCUCCUCCACAGAGACUUGGAAAGUGUUCUGGAGAACUUCUGGCAUAAAAACAAGGCACCACCGAGAGCAGCCACUGGUUAAUGCCAGCAAUGCACAGAACAUCAGUGAACAAACCAGGCUAGCACCUGAGACACAGCUGUGGAACACUGGCAGACUUCAGAGCACACAGCUCAGACAUAAACAGGACAGGGUGUAAAAUAGAGUACACUGAUGGGAAUAUGCCCUGUGAACAGUAACAGUGGUAUCAAAUACCUGGGACAUUUUUAAUUUUUUUAACUUUAUUUGUUUUGUUUAGUUGUUCAGUUUACAUCCCAAUUAUAGUCCCCAUCCUCUUCUCCUGGCCCUAUCUUCCCUUCCUCUUCCCCCCUCCCCUAGCCCUUAGGAAAGCCUCCCACCCCCACUAACCCAUGAAAGCACUUCAAGUCACAUCAAAACUGAGCACAUCCUCUUCCACCGUGGCCUGCCAAGGCAGCCCCACCAGGGGGAGGUGAUCAAAAAGCAUGCAACAGAGUCCAUGUAAGAAACAGUACCCACUCCCCUUACUAGGGAACCCACAAGAAGACCAAGUAUAUAUGUGUGUGGGGUAUGUAUGUAUAGAGGGGCCUAGAUCCAGUUCAUGCAUAGCCCUUGGUUGGUGCUUCAGUCUCUGCAGGGCCCCUUGGGCCCAGGUUAGUUGGCUCCUGUCCCUUCUGUGUCCUUCUAUCCUUCCCCCAACUCUUCCACAAGGCUCCCUGUGCUCCCCCCAAUCUUUGGCUGUGAGUCUCAGCAUCUGUUUUGAUCCUUUGCUGGGUGGAGCCUCUAAGAGGACAGCUGUGCUAGGCUCCCAUCUUGCUCAGGAUAGUCUUUCCCAGUUCCAUCCAUUUACCUGCAAAUUUCAAGAUUUCCUUGUUUUUAAUAGCUGAAUAGUAUUCCAGUCUCAAUAUUUUAUAUAAAAAACACUGGAGUUCAA